AUGCCUAUUCAGUGGAGUUGUCAUGUUAGAAUUACUCUUCAAGAGUUAAUAGGUUCAGGAGGCUUAAAAACAAGUCAAUUCGAUUUAAUGAAAGAUCAUUAUGAUUAUAAAUGCUUAAGACCACAAACUGGUUAUGGAUACUCAAGACCACAAACUGAUUUACCAAAUGAUGGUACUCCAGAUAAUAAAAAACUUCUAAGUUUAACAAAACAUAAAGUGAAAAAUUCUCAGACUCGAGAACAAUUUGAUCAAUAG